AUGCGCCGUCAAGAAACUGAAAACACUGUAUCUGCAUCCCCUGUGUUCCAACAAGCAACCUUACCAUGCGGGCGAGUUGUCCAAAAUAGGCUCGUUAAGGUAGCAUUGUAUGAACACCUUGCCACCUUCAACGGCGGGCCUCCUAACACGUAUCACCACGACCUGUAUUCCGAAUGGGCAGCGCAUGACUGGGGCAUUAUCAUAACGGGAAAUGUACAAAUUGCGCCUGACCAUCUCACCGUUGGACGCGACAUGGUCGUUCCUCCGUCGGUUUUUUCUGGCCAUGUGAUACAGGAAGAGCUCCGGCCUUUCGAGACGCUCGCGAGUGUGAUACACGGAGUUGUAGCUCGGAAGGAUGAAAAGCGGAGUGGUGGUGGGCAAAAGAACGGCACGUUGGCGAUCAUGCAGCUUAAUCACCCUGGUCGACAAUCGAGCAAUUUCAUGGGUGGUCGGAUGCCUUUGCAAGCCCCGCUGGCCCCAAGUGCUCUCCGGGUUAACUCCGGGAGUAACGAAGGACUCGUGUCAAGCAUAGUCAAUGCUAGCUUCUUUCAAACCCCGAAGGAAAUGUCAGAAGCCGACAUUCUGGAAACCAUAGAAAGAUUUACUCGAGCUGCCGUGCUGGCUCAAGAAGUUGGUUUUGAUGGCAUUCAGUUACAUGUCGCUCAUGGAUACCUGCUCUCUCAAUUCCUUUCACAGAAGACGAACAAGCGAAAAGAUGCCUACUCCUACACCAAUGCACUUGAUACCAUCAUCAAAUGUAUCGUCGAUCAAACACGCGCAUGCACUCGCAAAGAUUUUGUUGUCGGCAUCAAGCUGAACGCUGCGGACUACACCUCUCCGGACAGUAGCGACUCCGUGGAGUCUUCACUUACGAAUGGUGAACAGCAAGCUCUGAAGCACCUGCUUGCAAUUGCGAGUUGGGGGACUGUCGAUAUGGUAGAAAUCAGUGGAGGAGACUACGAGAAGCCAGACUUUAUGAAUGCAGAGAACUAUACCUCGAAAUCCGCAAGACAAGCAUUCUUCGCGCGAUUCUCACAUCAAGCUUUGCGUACACUUUCGAGUGUCUACCCGAGUCCAAGUGCAGGCGCGACAGCAUCUUUGACUCCGCCACUGCAACGACCCCUCAUCAUUCUCACCGGCGGCUUACGCACACCCCGACUCCUUCACUCCGCUCUCGAGGCCAAACACGCCGACCUUCUGGGCAUAGGGCGAAGUUCCAUCCUCUGCCCCGACCUACCUUCGCUUCUCCGUGAGAAGCAGCUUUCCGACGACGAACCUUUCGCUGCUCCUCCCGACCUUCGUUUGCCUACCACCCUGUCGCUCCCGCCUCUCAGCUGGCUGUGGGCUCUCGUGCCGAAGGUGAAAGUGAUCGGUGCUGGCGUGAACAUGGCCUGGUACGUCGUCGCAAUGCGACAUAUAUCCGAGUCUAGGGAGCGGACGGGUGGAAAGGGCGCGGUCAGGCCUGAUUAUACCAUCGGUGGACUAGGUGGCCUAUCUUGGAUGUGGGCUUGGACACCCUCGCAUCCUCGUGGGCGUUGGACGAUUCCCUUCCUGUUGGUUACUCUCGUAGCCUUAGUGGCAUACCUCUCGCCCCAUCCUUGA